GUGACGUAACCAUCAGGCCGACAAUAACUAGUGUUUCCUGGCCGUGAGAUGUACUUGUUAUGAACGUAGCUUUCUUAAUACGUUAAGGGGAUAGAGAAAGUGAAAAAAACGAGUCGGAAUUAUUGAUUUUACAUGCGGUAGCUUGUUUUUUUAAACACUGGAAUCAGAAGUACUUCUCUACUAGAUCGCCAGUAUAGUGACGAAAAGGUAUCCAAAUAAAGUACUGCAUGAUGGAGCAAGAUGUGAGGAAGUCCAGAUCUCGACCCAAAAGACCAGAUAUGCCUUUGUACGUACCCAAAGCAAAACGAAACGUAGUGUUUCAGAAGCAAGAAGAAGCAUGUGAAAAUGGGGAUAGUUUAAGUCCGCAGUCAGUGUCUUCAUCUCCCUGUCCUGUAAGUGAUUCCUCAGCUGAAGCAGUGUACCAGAAUGACAGGAUAAACAGUGUUCCCAGCAUUAAGAGGAUGAGCAAGGAAAGGAAACACAAGCCCAGUAAUAAGAAGCUGUCUUCAAAUCUGGUGAAGGAAAGUAGGCCAAAAGAGAGAGAGAACGCAACCGCGAAAGAAUCAAAGAAAAGCUCCCAGCUUGAAGAACCAGCACACACGCACACGUUAAACCAUAAGGCUGGGAAGCCUCAGGCUGAGGGAGUCGCAGAGAAUGAUAGCAUGGUAACGACUGCAGAUAGCAAGUUCAGCCAGGAUGUUUUAUACGGCCUAAGUUCUUCUGAUAUCAGAUCUGUUACUCCAAGGAGUAAGCAAGAAGCAACAUCUGAUGUUCAAGCUUCACUAAAGAAAAGAGAUGCUUUUCUGAAUGGAAAAAAAACCUGCAGCUGUAGUAAUGGUGAAGACAGUAUUUUGGAGACCGUUAAGGAAAGUACGAAAGAAGCUGCUAUAAAUGCACUUAUCGAUUGGGAAAGUUGGCUCCAUAGUUUUGUUACUGUGAAAACCAGUAAAAAUGUAAUAGACAAUGUAAACCAAACUGGUGUGGUUCAUGUGGAAGGCGGGGACAGAGACAAUGCAGUAUGUGCAGUGCAAACAGCUGAUCUUAGUGCCACGAACACUGACAGUACAAUAAGUGCAGACAGUGCAUGUGGCCGGCAGUAUGAAAGCCUGCCCACUGAAACUGAGGGACAGUGUUCAGAGAAUUCAUUAAGGAUGGUGUAUGGCAAUGACUUGUGCCAAGACGGUGAGCCCAUACCAACACAUGCAUCUAAUGGAAAACGUGAGGUCUGUAGUGAACCAUCCCCAAUAAAUAGAGCUAAUAAACAGGGAGAGAGUCAGCAGAACAGUUUAGCACCAGGUAAUGCAGUUAGUAAGAAAAGAAUUCUGCACAAUUUAACACUACCAGAAAAUAUGGCUUACUGUGAAGGGAAGAGUCUAUAUAGUAAGCAAGCAUUAGGGGAUGCAGCUGAUGAGGGUGAGAGUCAGCAUGGUAAACCAGUGCUAUACAGUGCAGCUGAGGAGGAGGGUGCGAGUCAGCAUGGGAAACCAGUGCUGUGCAGUGUUGCUGAGGAGGAGGGUGCGAGUCAGCAUGGGAAACCAGUGGCGUGCAGUGCCGCUGAGGAGGAGGGUGCGAGACAGCAUGGUAAACCAGUGACGUGCAGUACCGCUGAGGAGGAGAGUGCGAGUCAGCAUGGUAAACCAGUGACAUGCAGUGCCGCUGAGGAGGAGGGUGCGAGUCAGCAUGGUAAACCAGUGACGUGCAGUGCCGCUGAGGAGGAGGGUGCGAGACAGCAUGGUAAACCAGUGAUGUGCAGUGCCGCUGAGGAGGAGGGUGCGAGACAGCAUGGUAAACCAGUGAUGUGCAGUGCCGCUGAGGAGGAGGGUGCGAGUCAGCAUGGUAAACCAGUGACGUGCAGUGCCGCUGAGGAGGAGGGUGCGAGUCAGCAUGGUAAACCAGUGACGUGCAGUGCCGCUGAGGAGGAGGGUGCGAGUCAGCAUGGUAAACCAGUGACGUGCAGUGCCGCUGAGGAGGAGGGUGCGAGUCAGCAUGGUAAACCAGUGAUGUGCAGUGCCGCUGAGGAGGAGGGUGUGAGACAGCAUGGUAAACCAGUGACGUGCAGUGCCGCUGAGGAGGAGGGUGCGAGUCAGCAUGAUAAACCAGUGACGUGCAGUGCCGCUGAGGAGGAGGGUGCGAGUCAGCAUGGUAAACCAGUGACGUGCAGUGCCGCUGAGGAGGAGGGUGCGAGUCAGCAUGGUAAACCAGUGCCGUGCAGUGCCGCUGAGGAGGAGAGUGCGAGUCAGCAUGGUAAACCAGUGACGCGCAGUGACGCUGAGGAGGAGGGUGCGAGUCAGCAUGGUAAUCCAGUGGCGUGCAGUGCCACUGAGGAGGGUGCGAGUCAGCAUGGUAAACCAGUGAUGUGCAGUGCCGCUGAGGAGGAGGGUGCGAGUCAGCAUGAUAAUCCAGUGGCGUGCAGUGCCGCUGAGGAGGAGGGUGUGAGUCAGCAUGGUAAACCAGUGGCGUGCACUGCCGCUGAGGAGGAGGGUGCGAGUCAGCAUGGUAAACCAGUGAUGUGCAGUGCCGCUGAGGAGAAGGGUGCGACUCAGAAUGGUAAACCACUGCCGUGCAGUGCCGAUGAGGAGGAGGGUGGGAGUAAGCGACAUGAAGUAGUACUUCAGAUUUUGGCUGAUAAGGAUGAGACUUCUAAUAUCCAGAGCAUUUCAGAGAAUGUGGUUGAAAAGGAAGGUAGGAAUCUGCAGAGCAAACCGGUACUGCAAACUUCAGUUGAUGAGGUAGUUCACAGCCCUCACUAUAAACCACCACUAGAAAUUGCAGCUUUUGAAGAGGGUAGGGUUUGGCAUGUGAAGCAGCAACGGGUAGUACAGUGA